AUGAGUCCCAAUAACAUCCCACUGGAGAACCUGCUCAACCUAGAUGAAAUUGAAGAGGUCGCCACCCAAAACGUGAGCAAAAAGGCGUGGGCAUAUUAUUACUCCGCAUCCGACGACAAGAUCAGCAAGCGCCUCAACUCCGAGGCCUACCGCUCUAUACAAUUGAGACCAAGAACCUUUAUAGAUUGCACAGAAUGCAAUUUGAACACUGAGCUGUUAGGCAACAAGGUGUCUAUCCCAAUUUAUGUAUCUCCGGCAGCCAUGGCCCGCCUGGGACACCCCUCGGGCGAAGCUGGCAUCGCAGAAGCCUGUCGCAGCUUUGGUGCAAUGCAAAUCAUCUCGAACAAUGCGUCCAUGAGCCCGGAGCAGAUUGUGGCAAAUGCGGCCCCGGAUCAAGUCUUUGGGUGGCAGCUGUAUGUCCAACACGACCGAAGCAAGAGCGAACGGAUGCUCGCUCGAAUCAACAAACUAAAGGCGAUCAAGUUUAUUGCAUUGACUCUCGACUCUCCGGUCUCCGGAAAACGCGAGGACGAUGAGCGUAGCGGCAAUAUCCUGAACACUAUGGUGGAGUCAAGCUCGGAGGAAGCUGUUUACCAAGAAGUGGAUGAAAAUGACUCUUCUUCUAGGCUGGCUGAAUCAACGGAAGAUCAGACGUUUAUAGGUCUAGAUCCUACGCUUACCUGGAAAGAGACUUUGGCGUGGUUGCGGAAACACACGGCAUUGCCUGUUGUUCUCAAAGGCGUGCAGACACACGAAGAUGCUUAUAUUGCUGCUUCAUAUGCGCCUCAAGUAAAGGGCAUCAUUCUUUCAAAUCACGGUGGUCGAUCUCUUGAUACUGCUCCUCCUGCUGUUCACACUCUACUUGAGAUUAGAAAGUACUGCCCUGAGGUAUUUGACAAAAUCGACGUCUGGGUUGAUGGAGGUAUCAAGAGGGGGACAGAUGUCGUCAAAGCUAUUUGCUUAGGUGCAAGAGGAGUUGGCAUUGGACGAGCUGCCCUUUGGGGACUAGGAGCUGGAGGCGUGGAGGGUGUAAAGAGGACACUGCAGAUUCUCACAGAUGAAACUAAGACAUGCAUGCGCCUUCUUGGUGUGCAAAAUGUCAAUAAGCUUGGAAAGCAACAUAUCAAUACCCGACUGGUAGAACAACAAAUUUACAAUGGCCCAUCUGGUCUCGAGGCCUGUCGCACCCAGCUGCAAUCAAAGCUUUGA